AUGGUUGGCCCGGCGAUAUGUUGUGUUGGGUUAUGUCGAGAAAAAAAACAUUCGCGACCGAAGGUUAGAAAAAAAAAUCAUAGCUCUCGACGAAAGGCGAUUUCUCUCCAUCUUCGAUUUCUCUCCAUCGUCGAUCUUCAAAGGCCAACGAACAUGGGACAAGACUAUAGCUACACGCAGCCUUCAUCAGAGGAGUUCGACAUCAACUCUUUACUUGAAGCAGAAGCUGCUCUCUACGGGGAUGAAGCUCAGAGUAGCUACAUAAUUGCAGAGGCGGAUCAGUACCCACCAGAACCUGAGGCUGAUGAAGGAAUACCGAGGACAUGCUAUUGCGGUAGUGAGGUUGUUGUUGAAACCUCGUACACUCGUAAAGAUCCAGGAAGUAGGUACUUCUCCUGCAACAACGUUGACGAUGGAGACUCCCACAUCUGGAAAUGGUGGGAUGUGGCGAUUCAAGAAGAGCUUCGUGAAACGCAGACACAACUUAGGAUGGUCAAGGAUCAAUUCUUUGAGAGUGACCAGAAGGUGGCUAAGCUUGACAAGAUCGUGGGUGUGUUAACUAAGAAGACAUCAGUGAUUAACUAUGGUUUGGCAAAGGGAGUUAGUGUACUGGUGUUAGUGAUACUGGUCAUCGUUAUGGGCUGGUAAGUUUCAUACCUUAUUUAGAUAAUUAACUGUUUUAUCUUAUGUCAUUCAAGGAAGAGCUUCGGAGGUUUUAAACAUCAGUGUCAGAACUCGAGAAGGGGUUGGCAGGUAACUUGUUUCACGCUUACUUACUAGUUUCAGUAAUAAAAAAAAACUUAUCUCUUCAUGCUUUAAUUGUUUUUAAUGCUAGAUUUGAUAGAAUCGUACUUGUUAGGUUUAAGUGUAGCUAGUGUAGAACUUAUUAGUAUGAUUAGAGUGGUGGUAAAUGCUUGUUUGCUUUCUAUCUGCCUAACAACUCCGAAACUAAAUGCGAACUUACUUUCUAUUGGUUACUUAAGGGUUUGUGUUGGUAAUAGAGUAACAGAAACCUAUAAUCUAAACAUGAAUACCACAACUGGCUUUGUUAAUCUAAUGUAUAGUCAAUCUUCAGUUGAUCUUGAGUCACCCGAACCAGCUUGGUUCGGGUCCCAAGGUCCUGAUGAGUUUGUUUUCCACCCUGGUGUCGAGUCUUCUUUCCAACCUGGUGUCCAGUCUGCUGUGCAGCCUACUGUCGAGUCUGCUAACAAAGAGAGGAGGAAAUGGCGAGUCUUCAUUAGGUGGUCAUUUAUGAUCAUGUUGGAUUUUAAUAUUCAAUCAUCUUAUAAACUCUUAUGUGUAAUCUUUAUAUUUAAUCAUGUUUUUAUUUCUGAAUUUUUCUAUCUUUAUGUUUAAUUAUUGUUUUUAUUUUUAAUUGUUAUAUUUAUAUGUUUAAUUAUUAUUUUUUAAGUUUAUUUCUAGUAUUUUAUAUUAAGUUAUUCUAUUUAAUCAUUCAAUAUAUAAAAAUUAUAUUUCACUAAACAAAAAAAAAUAAUAUUUUUUUAUUCCUAAAGAUUCCAACUUCGGGUUCACCAUUGUACACACAUUUUUUCACAGGAGUCUUUGACUAUUAAAAAAAAAAAAAAUUUAUUCCUAAGGACUUCACGAUCGGUAUCACCAAUUGUGGAU